UUGCAGCAGUUGUAUCGGAGAUCUUUCAUCGACAGUAAAAUUUUGACCGACGAUAGAUGUUAUUUUGUUCCUAUAUGAGAAACUCGAAUAAGAAAGCACCGCACCGACUGCGGAGGAGCUGAAUCCUUUCUGCUCAGUGGCUAGUUUUUUCCACCUUUCCUUCUUUGAAGUGGGAUUUAUACUGUCCCAUGUUUCUAUUCCUCUCCAUUGAGCUAAAACCCAACAGUGAGAAACCAAAGGAAAGGGAAGUGAUUUAAGCCCUUGCAAAGGGCUUUCUUCUCUUCAAAGAAACUGAGGUAAAAGGAAACCACUUUUCUCCUCUUUCCUGUGUCUGAUUCUCAAGAAUCUCUCUUUUUCCUCAACUGGGUCUCCCUUUAAUCCCCCUCUUUGAUUCCCUUUCCAUGCCUUCUUCUAUCUCCAAGCCACUCCUCCAAAUCACAGCUUAAAACGGAACCUCAGCGAGGGUUUUCGUAGCUAAUCGGUUUUGGGAUCGCCUCGGAUCCUUGAGGAGCCAGUUCGGGGUCCAGGAGGAAAGGAGAAGGAUUCUUGAGGCUCGCAUCCUUUAAAAUCACAUCACAGCCUCUCAGUUACUCUGCAUUUGCUGUGCUCUUUGCUCUCUUGCUGCUGCACCAUCUUCCCUAUUCUAUAUCCAAACCUUGAAAGAUCGGGUUGUCGAGAUGGAACUGGAAACUUUCUUCCAGAAUACUCACUUUUCGAUCAACUCGGGCGACUGGCUGCUCACACCGAGCACGCGGUGGACCAGGGAGGAGAACAAGCAGUUCGAGAGGGCUCUUGCAGUGUUUGAUAAGGAGACGCCCGACCGGUGGGUUAACAUAGCAUUGAUGAUACCAGGGAAGUCGCCGUUGGACGUGAUGACAAAGUACAGGGAGCUCGAGGAGGACUUGAUUGAGAUCGAGGCAGGCCGGGUCCCGAUCCCCUGGUACUUUGGGCCGUCCCUGACACUCGAAGGGAGAGACUACGAUGGGCUCCGGAAGAAGGGCUCAGCUGCUGGGAGAGUCUCUGAUCAGGAAAGGAAGAAAGGGAUCCCUUGGACCGAGGAAGAACACAGGAGGUUUCUGCAAGGGCUGCUGAAGUAUGGGAAAGGGGACUGGAGGAACAUAUCAAGGAAUUACGUGGUCUCAAAGACACCAACUCAAGUGGCAAGCCAUGCUCAGAAGUACUUCAUCAGGCAGCAGCUCUCUUCGAAUUCUAAUUCCAAGGACAACCGCCGAAGGCCCAGCAUCCACGACAUCACGACCCGCAACCUCACUGACUCUUCCCUUCCAUUAUCCGAGAACAACCUCGACAUCAUCGCCAACGACUGUAACAAUUCCUCUUCCACUAGACCGUUGUCAGAGCAGAAGCCGAACUUUUGCUCGACCAGGCCCUCAUCAGGCUUGUGUGACGUCGCUCCUAGCGGGCUCAGACUGCAAGAGAAAGAUCUUCGCCUUGGCGCUUUCCGCGGGUUUGGCAUCAAACCGUCGAGCAAUCCGCUGUUUGAGGUCCAGUCCACCAUGUACAGAAUCUAUGGAUGAAAGGACAUGUUUCUGAACAGGAAAAAUGUGCUAUCAUUACAACGGAAAGAUCUUCCCUGCAGUUGGUGCAGUCGUGUCUACGUUGCAGACAGUAAUUGUCUGUCAUUCACAAGUAGUUGUUGGGGAAUAACAAGCAAUUAUUGUCUACAACAUAGGCACAACGGUCCUAACUGCAGAAAAAUUCCACCCGAUUCGACAAUGCGUCGUAGAUUUUACAUGGGUCUUAAUUUAGUACAACUGAUUUUGGGUAUUGUAAAUGUGAAUAAAGGCAAGUUUGAUGAUACAUCUGUUACUUUUUUUCUUUUACAUAUUCUAUUGAGCGGUCAAGGCCAAGGGAGUCUGAUUCUACGA